AUGCAACGGCGAGUACGUUCGAACAGCUCGUCCAAAAUCCCUUUCAUUCAGCUAAUUCGCUUCUUGAUGACCGAUGAAAGAUCCUGUUCCGCCUAUAGUUACCUGUCGUUCAUAUUAAGGAGUCCUAACACCGUUCGGAGCAUGAAAGUCAUGUUGACCAACAUAUGCACUAUGCAAAUCCUCACAGCCCUAACAGCGGCAUUUCUACAAGGAAGAUCGAUUGUCAGCGGUUCGAGCAUUGCAAUUCUUUCAAAAGGUCCACUUCGCAUGUUUGGUCCCGCGGCAGGCCUAAUCGCCUUCAACAUCAUCGCUGCAUUGACGUUUUACAUAGAAGCAGAGCUUCUUCUGAGUUUCGCAAUGAUUGCGAUUUGGCCAAUAUUACUACUGGUAGGUCCAGUGAGUUCGGUCUCGAACUCGCUCUUACCACUCCCUGAACUGUCGAUAUUCAGAUAUGGGGAAUUCGGAGGAUUCGAACCGAAAAGUUUAAAUCGGACCAUCUGUAUAUGCAUUGGCACCGCAGUUGCGAUCAUUUCACCGAUUCUUAUACUUUACCUCAGACGUUUAAUACUGAAAACAUUCAACGACUCGAAUCAUCAGUACAGCAAGAAAACAAUUCAGAGUUCUAAAAUGUAUUUAAAGGCUCUCACAAUGCAAGCCAUGCUCCCGAUCCUUAACUUCGUACCAGUAUCUUUCUUGGCUGCUCUUGCGUGGGCUUCUGGAUCGGAAACUCCUGUUAGUGAAUAUCUUCGCAUUUGCAUUCCAACCUUGCCGUGUGUGAUUGAUCCCCUUAUCGCUUUGAAUUUUGUCCCGCCCUACAGAGCAUUGGUUUUGAAGAAACUUCGCAAACGGUCAACUCCUAUAAAAGCGGAAUCGAAGAACUCGGAAAGUAUCAUUCCCAAUCAUUCUCCAAGGGUUUCGGUAAUUACCGCAGUUGAGUAG